CCUUACCCGGGUCGGGUCGGGUCAGUUAUCGGUUCAACCGAGCUGCAGAGUGCAGAAAGAGAGAGAUUUGAGGGCCCAAUUAUCCGGGAGUGUUUCCGGAAUCUGUGUUGUGCGGAGACUUGGUGUCUCGAUUCCGUUCAAUUUGCCGCAAUCUCUCAGGUUCUUCAUUCGAUUAGGGCUCGUUUGAUUCUGCAUUUUGUUUCAUAAUAUCAACACACAAGAUCCUUCUCCCCAAAAUGCUCUGUUUAUAGGAUGAGUUUUUCUUUAACUCUACUGUUGAGCUUUCUCCCUACUGCCAUACUGCAUUAAUAUUGGAGCAAGCAUGUUUAUUCAACCAUGGCUGAAGGGGAGCUUAUUUUUGUUAUGGUUCUCGCGUUCGUCUCACAAAAAAUGGAAGACCCAUGCGAGAUUUGCAGCUUUUCCUAAUUUUCCCUUUUAUAUGUCAGAAUCUAAUGGAAUCGGGUAAAGAAGGAUCCGUUCAUAUGAGCUCAGAGGGAAAGCCUAAUGACACAGAAAUAAAAGAGCGUGUUGAUGCCAUGUUGGAGCAAAUGAAUAAAGGGGUGUCUUCUGAAACCUUAAAAGCUUUGUCAACCAAACCAUCUCCACCAGUGAAUAAAAACUCAAACAAGCCAUCCAAUCAUUGGAUUUCACAUCUUGGUAUGGCGUCAAAGAAGAUUGUUGAACCUCAAGAAAAAGAUAUGUCAUCGGAAGGAUCCAAGGUUCUGCAGAACAGUUCUGAUGAUGCUAAGGUGCUUGCUGCUACUGCUCUCUCAGCUGUUAGGGACUCUACAUCUACCAUUGCUGGCAGAGGGAAAGUUGAGAUCAGGGAGAUAAGGGACUUCGCAGGCCAAGAUGUUGAAAUUAAAAAGUUUGUAGAUGCUGAUUCAAAGGAAGCACACGAGAAGAUGAAGGCACCUGCUACUUCAGCUGUUGAUGCAGUCCUGGAACAAAUUAAGAAGAAACAAAAACUUAGUGUUCUUGGCAAGACAAAAAAGGACUGGGGAGAGUUCAAGGAAGAAACUAAGGGUCUGGAAGAGGACUUGGAUGCUUACAAGAAGAGCUCAAAUCAGUAUCUUGAUAUAGUUUCGUUUUUGCAGCGAGCUGACUACAGGGAGUUCGAGCGAGAGAGGGAUGCACGGUUGUCUUUGCAGGCCAGGAGGAGCGAGAGGAGCCAUGAUUAAGCCAUCAUCCGAAGCUCUGUGAAGAUGUGCCCUUAACUGUUGAGGUUCCAGAAUUUCUUGUGCGGAUCAUUUUUCAAUAGGAGAGGCAGGGCAAUCGGCUUAGCUGAUGCAGAUGUGAUGAUUUAGGGUGAUACUGGUUUAACAAAUACGCUUGACACCUACUUCUAUUACUCCAAAGUGUAUGUAUAGAUGAAUUAUUAUACAUAACCAACUUGACACCGGCUUAGCUGAAUAUUUUUAUAACCAAUACUUGACGAUUCAUCGGUGUCUGCUCCAUGUAGAA